CAAUUCUCUUAAGUGGCAACACUGCUGAGGAGCCAGACAGGAUACUUCAGACCUAAGGGUAGACUCCAUGCUCAGGCCAGUCCCAGACUCAGUGUGUGCAGCGCCUGUGUGCGUGCUGGUGGCUCUGCUUUGUUCCGGUGGGCUUGCUGAAGACACGUUCAGGUCAGCUACCAGGAUGGUGUCCGCACUGGCCUGCCCGCGGCUGGUCCUCGCCCUCGCCCUCGUCCUCGCCCUCCUCCACUCAGCAGAGGGAGAGUGUAGCCACAACAUGAUCGAGUGCAACACUGGAGGAGAUUGCAUUGCCAAAUCUAGAAUUUGUGAUGGCCAUAGACACUGUUCAGACGGCUCGGACGAGGACUUCUCAAUAUGCAAGUUCUGGCCCCCGAGAAGCAACAGUUGUCUUCAGGAGUCCAGAGAGAUGAGGUUCAACUACGCAGGGAGAUGUUACAACAUCCAUCAAAUAUGCCAGAACAGCGAUUGGUCCAAAACGCUCAACUCCAGAGUCUGUCAGAUUGUCCUCCUACCUAAACUUGAGCCUCAACAGGAAAUAAUGAACAUGACCGAUGAAUUGGUCGCCUCGCUGAGUUCAGCCGUCAAUUCCACCCAUGACCCGAGAAAGGAGGACUGUCCCAUGCUGUACACCCGCGUCGGAAACGAUUGUCUCUCUUUCUUCUCACCCGCAAAGGUGGCGUGGCCCGAGGCUCGACAGUUCUGCCGGAGCAUCUACGGUGACCUGUGGCACUUCACGGACAUUGCAUCGUACGGGCACCUAAUGGCCUUUAUAAGGGAAGAACAGUUCACCUCCAACUACUGGAUUGGCGGACGUUUUGACCUCGACACCAACGCCUGGUCGUGGACGACGGAUGACUCUGUCAUGCCCCUUGGCGCUCCCUACUGGACACUGAAACAAGAAGACUUGUGUGUUCCCCGCGCCCCGCCACACAUCGACCCAUUCUCGGACCCGCCCGCCUCUCAGCCCGGCGCACCCUGUUAUCGCACUGUGUUGUCCCCUAAGGAGAGGUCUCCUGGCUUGUGUGCAGCAAUGACCUACGAGAACUACUACUUCUGGUCCGACGAGGCGUGUGAGGAAACCUUCAGCCCGCUGUGCGUCUUCACUGGGUCCUCCGACAAACAGAAGGCCGACAACAAUUAGAAAGGAACUGCUACGCUGUUGACGCUGACGCAACACGACACUGCUUACUUCCUUUCUUUGAUUAAUGUUUUCCAACGGUUGACAAUGUAAUGUAAAAGCUGAUUUAAUCAAGUAGUUACUUAUAAUUAUGCAUAAUUACACAGUGGUAAAAGAAACUUAAUCAUUGCUGAAGUUAAGUAUUGAUUCCAUUACAACUGUAUGUAACCUAAUACCUAAAAAAAAGAGUUACUUCUUUUUGACAAGCAAGUCUCCCUGCCACUAGGCAGUAAAACGAAUGAAAAAUGUUCUGCUGGUUACAAACUUCCAAUUGCAAGUCUGAAAUGUAAUUAUUUAUACUCAUACCUUAACUUAAUAUCAUUAUGUACGGAACACACUGUACUCAACCACUCUUCCUUACACUUGAUUUCUCAUUUUAUUGUAGUUUUCCAUGUAUUCAGGAUGAGCAGGCACAGCGCACGUUUCAGUGGUAAACUGUCCUAUGGGAACAUUCUCGACGCUCCUUUCCACAUAACGAUCUUCUCGAAGUGUCUCAGUUGCACUUAUGCCUUGUGCAGCCAAUGAUUCUGGUUAGGGUAAUGAAGUAAAAAGAUUGUAAAAAAAUACAGGUUGAUCUGCUCCUCGGCUGAUCUGCUCAUUUCAGGGUUGUUUGAUUAAAAUCAGUGAUUUAAAUCAAAUUAUUAAAAAAAAAAUCAGAUUUAAAUAGAUUUAAAUUACAUGAUUUUUUUUAAAUGUCAUUGAUAUAAAUCUUGAUUUUAUUGCAGGGCAACAAUAAAGAACGGAAAAAAAUAAACAAAGAGAACACUAAA